AGUACCACCCAGCCAAGUAUCGGCUUUCCAAAUCGCGUGCAUGUUCUCGCGGUGCAAAUCUAGCGAUGUUUUACUUAUCCUUGGGCGCUAUUCUGUGGUUUCCAAAUUAACAGGAAUAGCCAUUAGAGAAAAUUGCAGCUUGGCUUGGAUUAGGUAUCGCAGUUGUAGUGAAUUGCGGAUAAAUAGUGUAAAUUUUCUAACGAGUAAGUUUGAAGUUGCUUCAUGUGCGUGCUCACGAUUCUCAAUGGCGGACGAUCAAACACCGGCAAAAACAGGACAAGAGAUAGCAAAUGACAAUGGGGAAAAUAUCCAAGAUACUAAUUCAUCGACUGAAGUUCAACCGCUUACCGGACUACAAUCAAAACAAGAAUUGCCUGAAAAAGGCAAUGAUUGUUGUCUAGAUGACACAGCUGUCAAUCAUAAUAUGACACCUGUCAAUCAAUCAUGUGUCAUGCAGUCAGCUCAAUCGUCUGGUGGAACACUGGUUUGUGAUAACAAUGAAAGCUCUAUAGAAUUACUUGAUCCUUCAAGUUUGCAUUCCAGUUCAAACAGUGUCACUAACCGUUCCAUCAAGAGAAGUGAUGAACCCCAUAUGAAUCCAGAUGCGACAUCUACCCCAAAGGAGAAGAAGAAAAAAAAGAAAAUGAGACCAGGGAAGAAGGAGAGACAAGAAAUGAGAAAACAAAUAAUGAAAGAUACUGCACCAAUUGACGAGGGUAAUAUCGCAGAGGAAACACCCAUAAAGCAACCAAAGAUAGAGGAAAGCAACACAAAGAAUGCAAUUGAAGAGGUGACAGAGAUGAAACAAUGGGAUGCAUCAGAGCCUGCAGACAUUGAUUGUAAUAACCAAUCCAGCACAAAGAAAAGGCUUAGCAGGAAAGAGAAGAAAAAGUUUAAAAAAGAUUUACAUAAAGAAAGUGGUGAAGAAAGUACAGAAAUUAAAGAAAGGCCCAUGAAGAUCACACCAAAUUAUUUUCUCGCAGUUAGAGUUUCUAACCCUAGUAUUCACACUGCAGCAAAGGUGAUUCAGGAUUCUAUCGUGAAUCAUAACAAGCAACUAGAGCCUGCAAUUAUACCUACUGGGACACUGCACAUUACACUAAUGGUCAUGCAUUUAGAUCCGGAUCAAGUGGACAAAGCUAUCGCUGCACUAGCAAGCAGUCGCAGAGAAUUAGCCCCAUACAUGCAGGACAACUCUCCAACUAUGACAUUUGAUGGCUUAGGGCACUUUAAGCAUGAAGUUCUGUUUGCAAAAAUCAAAGAGGAAAAAGAAGUCAAGACUUUGAAGGAAAUAGCAGAGGUUCUGAAGACAAAUUUUGGUAAAGAAGGUAUAGUGUCAACCGAUGAUAGACCUUUAUCACCACACUUGACUCUGGUGAAAUUGUCACGAAUGAAACUGAAGAGAAAGAAGGUGAUAAAGAAAAUUCCUGAGGAGUGCUACCAACCUUGGAUGGAGACAGACUUUGGUCCUGAGCCUGUGAGGAAGAUUUUCUUGUGCUCUAUGAUUCAUGCUAAGGAGCAAGAUGGGUUUUACCAUUGCAAGAGUUGUUUAGACUUCUCUGGUGAUGGUCCCCCAUUUUCUUCUGAUGAUACCAGCCAAGAGGCUAAUGGCUCAUCUAUUCCUAGCAUAAACGAAGCUCAUCAAGGCAAUGGCUUGGGGAGUGAAAAUAGUAAAUUUAAUGAACUUGCUGAAAAUACCUGUGAUGGUACUAGCCAAAAUUCUGAUGGCUCAUCGGAUACAAGCAAAAAUGAAGAUCUCAACAUGGAGGAUGGCUUGGAGAUUGAAAAUAGGGAACCUAAGGAAAAUACUAAAGGAACUUCUAAUGAACUUGACACAUUACUUAAGGAAGGUUCCCCCAUGCAGCAGUCUGAUUUUCCCAGACAAAAACAAGAUGCUCCUAUUUCUAUCAGCAAUGAUCUAGAAAAUUGUGUGGAAAUAGAUGACCUGGACACAUUUGUACAUGUAGCAGAAAUCCAGCAGAACAAUCUAGCUUUAGAUAUCACUGAGCAAGAAGAGUCUUCAUGUGAAGAAGUUGCAACUUGUGAAAAGGUGAUCCCAGAGAUUCCUACUUGUUACCACCAUAACUUGUUUGACGAGGGACAGAUGUAUGUCGAUGACAGUGAAAAGGAGUCAGGAGCAGCUGAUGAUUCGAAAAACCGUGCACAAUUUGACAAUGACAGAGAAGACCAAGCAGCAUGUGGCGGGUGCGAGACUAGUAAUCCAGGACCCUUUGUGAACCACGCCUUAAAACAAGGAGCUGCUGAUAAUAAUGAAUGCGUCAAGGAUAACCAGUGUAACACUGAAAAAUGUUGUAGUAAAGGCUCAUCUGAAACACCUAUGCUUAAUCCACUAGAGAUCAAUUCAGUCCCCAAACUGACAGCAAAUUUUGAGUUUCCUGAGGAGCCUGAUGCCAUACUUGAAGAUAGUGAGGUUAAUCUUGAUGACUUUGUGAUUGUUAACUUCACAGAUGAGGGUGUGCUGAUUAUUGCGGAAAACUCUGGAAAACAAAGCAAGGAGCUUAGCAAAAAGAAUAAAAGACGUAUAAAAUGUGUUCUUUUUUAAACAAAUUGUAACAAUACCUUAAUGUUUUUAACUAAAUGUUGUUAAACGUUGAUGGGUAGUUAUUGAAAUAAUAAAAACAUAAAUAUUGCAUUUCUGGAAGUAACACUUCAGCCAUGGCCUUUUAAUGUUAUAUUGUAUGUACACUUAUUAUUAUAUAGUUAAGUAUAUUAUUAUAUACUUCAAACGUUAUAAAUUGUAAAGUAUAAGUUAUUAUACUGUUUUUAACCAAAAAAAGAAAUACAAAAAUAAUAUGGCGAUAAAGUUUUAGACUAUUUCAUA